GUACGUCCUCUCUUAAAGGCGGAGGAGUGUAGCACCCUAGGAUCUGUGUGUGAGAUAGAAAAUCUUUCAAACUGUAUGCAGGACAAAUCAUGUUGGCUUAGACCAAAGCAGACCUCAUCGGAGUUGUCAUCAGUGCAGCAGAUCAAAAUAGCUGAUGUUUGUCAAGCCAAUGAACCCUGUUCCAACUUCUCAGAGUGCAUUUGCAAAGGCAGCUGUGUUGAUUCUGCUCUUCAAAAAGCCAAGCAGUCUGCUGCAUACCAGGCAAAAAUUAGUCGAAAGCGAACCAUCUCUGAAGUGUACAAUUCUAAUCCUGUGCUGUCACACAUGGCAGAUAUUCUCUCAUCAGACAAUUCAAAAUGGUUAGUUAAAAACUGUUCCAGCCUUGCCCACUUGCCAAAGCGGUCCAUGUAUAAAGCUCCAGGUGAAAUGUGGUUGUCAUCACCUACAACAGUGUCUGCCACCUCACCUCAGGCUGCUCAUGUUGUGCUGAGCACUCACUCCAACAUUUGGCUGUUGCACAAGUUAAAAGCAGAGAAGACUAAAGAGAAAAAAGAGAAGAUUGAAGAUGAUGAUGAGAAAAAGGAAUUCAGACAAACUGCUAGUGAUGAGCUGGCUAAGAAGUUGAAAGACUUUGGAUUGCACCGUGAAAAUGUAACCAACAAAGAGCCUGUUUUUAGCACUGAUACCCCAUCAUCAGCCAGUUACCUCCUUGGUAACAGUAGUAAUAACAGUAUUUUUGAUAAUAAAUUCUUCGAUGAUAAAAUGCAUGACUUGACUUUAGAUAAGAGCCCUUGGCUUGCUUGCAGCUCUGCAACUAGUCCAAAGUUAAAGCUAAAUAAAACAUCAUUGUCUCUGCCUUUCGUUCCUGAUUCCAUGUUAACUGUUGCACAAAACAAUUUAGAUAGUUGGUUAUUAAAAAGACUAUAGAAUUAUAUAUAUAUAUAUUUUUUUUGGUCAAGCUGCUAGAAAAAUAUGAAAGCUACCUAAUAAUGUUUAUCAUAGGAUACUGAUAUUUAGUUCUAUUAUCUUCUUGUUCACUUUUAUUCUUUGGUUAUAUUUUACAUUCAGAGAAAUCUGAAAAUCAGUUGUUGGAUUUUUCUUCAAUUUGUUUUUAAAAUUUUUUUUUAUUGAAUUCCAUAUAUUUCUUUCAUUCACGCUGCACUACAUAAUCAGUGUUAUGGCUCUAUUGUAAUGUGGAUUUGGAAAUUUUUAUUGAAACUUCCAUAAAUUGAUCUUUUUCUUCAUGUUUCUUCAUCCAUUUUUUCCCUCAAAUACUAAGUGGAAGUGAGUACAUAAAAGGUUUGGUAGUAAUAAACUUGCCUUAAAAAUGUACAUGUCAAUUCUGAAUGCUAAAAAUCACAAAAAUGAAUACUUUUUACCGUAUAUUUCCAUAUUUAAGACAACCUUUAAAUCCUAAAAAUCAUCCCCAAAAAUUGGGGGUCGUCUUAUACAUACUACCAUUCUAAAAAUCAAACCUUGAAUUCUAAGUGACUUUUAUACUCAGGCUAGCCUCGGCAUCUGUGCCAUAACCACAAACAUACAUGCAUUAAAAGAUUCACAUUAUGAAAUGUUAAAGUGAUGAUGAAGGAAAUAAAAGCAUUUUUGCCUUUUUAUGUUUCUGGCGUAUUCAACGAAUAAUUCCUUAUUAAUGAAAUCAAGUUUUAUCUUUAAGAGCCGAGCUGAGAAAAUUUAAACAAGUUAUGAUUGCACUCACAGAAAUUUUAUUUGUGGUGUAAUUAUGGUAGUAAUAACAUUUAAGGUAACAUAAUAAUAAUUUUUCAAGAAAAAUCCAUUUUAAUUUUAGUGGUGUAACAAUUUUGUAUUACAUACAACUCUUUAGAACAAUUCAGCUGUAUGAAUGAUAAUUAUUGUACAUUGUAUGUAUUGUUGUUAGGGGUUGUUUGUGAUUGGCAAUGAAACUUUAACAAAACAAUGGUAUCCCUUUUAGGCAACGUAGGAAAAAUGAUGCAGAUUUUUCAGUGGAAUAUAUCACAUUAUUCGGAGGGCGUUUUUAAAGCAAUUAUGUACGGGUUUUUCAUAUUUUUGUGGUUAAAUUUUUCAGAUGAUAUGUUUAGAUAUAUUUGAUGUUUUAACUAUUAAAAUAGGCAGUUAUAAGCAUUUUUAGAGGACGCUUCAUUAUUUGAUUAUUUUCAGUAUUUGCAGGUGGGUGUGGUAUGCAUUCCCACGAAUACUUGGGAACGACUGUGCUGUAAGUGAAACAGCAUUUGUAAUAUCAUCUUGACAAAACGAAAAGCUAGGCUAUGCACAGUCACUUAUACUACGGAUGUGAGAUAAAUUCCUGAAAAUUGCCAUCAUUUUUUACCUCGUCUUAUCUAAAGGUUCUCUUAUAGACGGAAAUAUAUGGUAUAUCGUUUGUGAUAUGUUUCAACUUUUAAGAUUAUUAUUAUAUAAGGUUUCUCUUUAUUGCUGCUGUUCCAUAGUCUUAAAAAACACAUCAGACAGUAUUGAUGUAUAGAAAACAAAAUUAUCAUAGAGUUAGAAAAGUCCUGUGGUGGUUCUUCACCUUCAGUUCAUCUCUGAGAAUUUCCUUAGUAACUAGAUAUUUAUGUAUUUAGAUUUUUGUUUAUAUAUUUUGCAGUGCAUGGUGGACACAUAUCAAGAUAAAGUACUAGUUUAUAAACAUAGUAAUGCAAUAUUUCAAUGUCCAAUUGUCAUGGGUUGGUUCACAUUGCAUGUUGUUUUCCCAAGUUUUCUCCAUUAAGAAUGCUGUUUAUUUUUGUUACGAUGUUUACAGCAAUAACAAAAUUAUGGAUUAUAACAGAAAAUAUACAAAUUUUGGUGAUUAUCUUCUUUCCAAAUUUUGGAUACCAAGUUGCAAUGAAUGUUUCUAGUUUUUCUUUUAUAUAUUCAGUUUGACAUUUGAAACUGUUAUUUACUUCGACAAGCAAGAUAUGUAUGUAGUUUGAAAAUUACAUGGAAAUUUAUUUAUUUUUAGUUGUUCAACCCUGUGUUACAAAGGCAAGGUAGGAUUCCAGUGGAAUUUAAGGAAGUUGAACUCAGGACAAAUCUGGUAAUUGUAUAUUACUGUAAUUAAUAUGAAUAAUUUUCCCCAUUUUAAGUAAUAACAUCACUUAGUGACACUAGAAUGAGGCAAUAAGUCAAAUUUUGUAAUUAAAUUUUUUUUUUUUCAAUUGUAUAUUAGUUGAUAACAUGACUUAAUAUCAUUUGUAGUGUUGAGGUGAAUGGGUUUGAAUUUCACUGUUUGUGAUUGCCUUGUUGAAGAACGUUGGUGAUUCAUUUUCUACUAAUAUGCCAAACCCAAGAGUUAUAUUCAGCAAAUUUUUGCAUGUGCAGUUUAUAUAUUAUAUCUCAUUUCAAGUCUACCUUACAAUUUUUUGCUUUUUAUUUGAGAUUUUUAGUUGCUUCCUGUUCAACUUCCUGUACUUUAAAGAUAAUAGAUAUUUGUAUUAUACAAUUAUCUGCAGUUAUGUUUCCACUGGAUGACUUACUGCUCUUAGUGAAGAAAACCUGAUAAAUCAUAACAUUCCAUAUGUUGUAGUUAGUACAUACAGUUCUAAUUGUUUACAAACAACAAAAGUUCAAUUUUGGAGAUGUUUGUUUAAAUUGGGUAGGUUGUUUGUUAUAUUAGGUAGGUCCUGUUGCUUUGUAUGCACAAGGUUUGCAAUUGCCCAUAGGUUUCUUUAUCUUGAUCACUUUGUAAUGGUCACGGAUGCUGGUGCAUAUUGGUGACGUGGUAUCAAUGUACUGCUCAAGUCAGAUGUAUAAAUGUGAAAAACUAUUACUGGUGCGAGAUUUUAUUUGUAGUAAUUUAGUUUGGGGAAUGAGUCUGUGUUAACUGAAUUGUAAGUUACGUAUAAUGGUAGAAAAUCCUCGUGAGAUACAAAGCACAAAAUUAUUAUUAUUUAUUUUUUAAUUUUAUUUUAGUUACUUGCCAAAGCACUAUAAUUCACUCUACACGAAAAGUAUAUGAAGCAGCUGUUCUUUGACCCAUGGUUAAUUUUGCCAUGAUAAUCUCAACUAUACAGGUUUUAGUAUAUAUUAUUGACCAAAGCUUUAAUUCAAUAAAUGUUAUAUACUGUU